AUGGUGUUACUCACUGCGCCGCUAAGGGUGCGCGCCCGUCUCACCGACCGCUACUGGCGGAAACAGGACUUGCUGCAGUACGCCCGGGCGGCCGGCAUCCUGCUGCGCUUGCCGCAGGUGGCCAUGGCUACAGGGCAGGUGUUGUUUCAACGGUUCUUUUAUACCAAAUCGUUCGUGAAGCAUUCCAUGGAGCACGUAUCAAUGGCCUGUGUUCAUCUGGCCUCCAAAAUAGAAGAAGCUCCAAGACGGAUAAGGGACGUAAUUAAUGUGUUUCAUCGACUUCGGCAUUUGAGGGAGAAAAAGAAACCUGUACCUCUGCUCUUGGAUCAGGAUUAUGUUAAUUUGAAGAACCAAAUUAUAAAGGCUGAGAGAAGAGUUCUGAAGGAGUUGGGGUUCUGUGUCCAUGUAAAACACCCUCAUAAGAUAAUCGUUAUGUACCUUCAGGUGUUAGAAUGUGAGCGUAAUCAACACCUGGUCCAGACCUCAUGGAACUAUAUGAAUGAUAGUCUCCGAACAGAUGUCUUUGUAAGGUUCCAGCCAGAGAGCAUUGCCUGUGCGUGUAUCUAUCUUGCUGCUAGGACAUUAGAGAUUCCUCUUCCUAAUCGUCCCCAUUGGUUUCUGUUGUUUGGAGCAUCUGAGGAAGAGAUCCAAGAAAUCUGCUUUAAAAUUUUAUUGCUCUAUACUCGGAAAAAGGUUGAUCUGACAUAUUUGGAAAGUGAAGUUGAAAAGAAAAAGCAUGCCCUAGAAGAGGCAAAAGCCCAAGCUAAAGGCCUGCUUGCAGAUGGGACCCCUAUUUCAGACAACACAUCGGGCUUUUCCCCUGUUCCUAAAAUAGAAUCCCCCAAAGAAAGCAAAGGAAAUAAACCUUCUCCACUUUCUGUGCAAGCGAUGAAGAAUGCCAAAAGAAAAAUGGAGGGUGCUAAGAGGGCCAAAUCCAACAGUCCAGUGAAUGGCUUGCCAAAAGGCAGAGAAAGUAGAAGUCGCAGCGGAAGCCGAGACCAGAGCUACUCGAGAUCACAGUCGAGGUCGGCGUCUCCUAAGAGGAGGAAAAGUGAAAGCUGUUCAACUUCCAGUGGUUCAAAGUCCCAGAGCCGCUCUCGGAGUCGCAGCGAUUCUCCCCCAAGACAGGCCAACCAUGGAGGUUCUUACAAGGGCUCCAAGAUCAGGACCUACAAAAAAUCAAAGGACUAUAAGUAUGCAGCCCAGAAACCUCGGAAGUCUCGGAGCCGGAGCUCGUCACGCUCUAGAAGCCGGUCCAGGGAACGUUCAGAUAAUUCUGGGAAAUACAAGAAGAAGAGUCAUUACUACAGGGAUCAGAGGCGGGAACGUUCUCGGUCUUAUGAGCGAACUGGCCAUCGCUAUGAGCGAGAACACCCUGGACACAGCAGGCACAGGAGAUGAGGCCUGGAGGGUUAGCAGCAGCUGUGCUUCCUUCUCCCUUUGGAUGCAGACAGAGCCUCUGCUCCCUUCUUUCUCGUAGUCUGGCUGGGUUGGUGUCUGGACUGACGACCAUCAUCUCUGCUUUAUUUGUUCCUCAACUUGUUAAGCAUGAAUUCAAAGGGAAAUGGUCAUUUAAUGGACAUGGUCAUGAGACUGAAGAUAGAAUCAGGUAGACAGCUUGGUUCCCCCAACAACUGUCUAGUUGGGCAUCCAGACCUUCCUUGGAAGGUGGCUGUGGGUCUAUUCCUGUAGCUAGUGUUAGUACUGAUACAGAUGGAUGGACAGCUACAACCCUCGAGGGGAUCGAGAGUGGACCUCUUCCUUAUUCCACUCCCAACUCUGAACAGCCCUUCUGAAUGGAGCUGGAAGAAAGCUCAAAUGUUUAUUUAAUUAAACUGUUGGUGUAGCUUGGUGCUAACUACAAGCUGUCUGUCCUCCCCUCUCCCGUCCCCCCAUACGGAAACUCAAUUACGUUAAACCAAGAAAAGUGAUUUUUAGAACUUCUGCCUAUAUUAGGUUGUAUUUGUGUAUAUAUUUUGCAGUGUUUAACAGUACAAUAUGGUAAUAUGGCCUUACUAGGUACCCUUACACUUUAUCCACAUUGUAAAUAAACAUGUGUUUAAUACAAGUUAAAGCUAUUAUACUGAAAAUUCGGAACUUGAAUUCUGUCAACUUAAAACUUGUGUAGAGAAUUCUGAUUUAAAAAUGUGAAGUAUUUAGAUCUGUGUAUUGAAAGUAGUCUAUUUUUAUCUGUGCAAUGCUGAGUGCAGGACACCAGCUCAUGAAUAGAGAAGUUUCAUAUAUAUGCAUUUUAUGUGGUUUAAAAAACACAACUCUCUACUCAGGAUAUUUGAAACUUUGAAGAAUUCGUAGUUUGUCUUUCUGCUUGCUUGUUAAAACAGAAGAUGUAAGAAACGAGUCCACAGCCAGCAGUAUCAGUUUUAGUGGUAUAUCUGAGCUGUUUUCUUUCCCUGCUCCCCAAUUUCAUUAAAGUAUUUGAUUUUGUAUUUA